UAUGCUUGAUCUGUUGGGCCCUUCGUGUCCCGUAGUUAAGUCUAUGAAGGGGUCCCUCAGAAAAGCCUUCGUCGCUGGGUCAUGCACAUGCCCGCAGCCUUAUUCAUUCCCUCCAGAGAACUUUGACAUGGCUCCGGUGAGCACAGCAGCACAACCCAAAGGCAACAUGACCAAACUGCCCCCUUCGUCCUGGCCCUCUUAACUCUCAAGGCCUUAACUAACCCCGGACUAGCAGCACAUACCUCCACGACAUGGAUGCUCUCUCUCGCAGUCGCAGAGUCGUAGGAAUGUGACAGACCAGAUGUGACCUCAGUCCCCUUUGACACUUGAUCCCUGUUGUCUUCUCACCACCGCGCGCGCCAGCCCAGAGAUGUUUCUCCACUCCCUCUUGCUGCAAAACAUGGCCAAGAACACACCGCAAGCAACCGAAGCAAGAUCGAAAGAUGGCGGCACGGCGAAAGCGAGAGGCCUGUCGAAGAAGUCCCCGUGGUACCAGCGCGCGGUGGAGCUGCUGCUCCUGAUCUGGAAGCAGCCAGCGACGGGGGCAAGUGCUACGACCACGAAGGCGGCCGCGGCGGCGGGGGUAUCGUCGUCAUCGGGAACAAACGGCAAGGCGGGGGGCAAGCUGCGCAAGUCGUCGUCGCUGAACGUGGCGGCGUCCUUCACGCGCGUGUGCCUCUGCGCGCCCAUCUCCUCCUACAACGAGCAGUCGCUCUACUUCCAGGCCGGGGGGGACGCGGCCGCCCCGCGCCGCAGCUACAGCUACCCGCGCGCGUCCUCAGCGUCGGCAUCGGCGUCCGGGUGCAACAGUAACAACAGCCCGCUCGUGGCCCCGCCGCCGCGCGCCGAGCCGCAGAGGGAGAAGACGGCAGCGGGCGCAGCGAGGCUGCAGCGGCCGGUGUUCAGGGGCAAGUCGCUGACGGACGACAUCCUGAUGCGGCGGUUCGUGGUGGACGAGGGCGCGACCAGGAGGCGGAACGAGAUGGACGUCAUCCGCCGGCGCCACGCGGCGGCCGCCAAGAGGCGGCGGCUCGGGCCCAGCCCGCUCCGCCGGAUGGCCCUGCCGGAGUCGGAGGCCGAGGCCGAAGAAGAGGUGGCGGCACCGGAGACGCAACCGAAGAGGAAAGGAAACGGACAGAGCCUCUCGUCAGCAGUAGCGUUGCUAGCGUAGCGUGGCAGCCUGGCAGGAGAGCGUGAAACUUCUUCUUCUUCUUCCCCCACCGUGUUGCUUUCGCUCACUCGCUCUGCCCUUACAGCAAUUACCUUUGUCGUUUCCGCGUUCUCUUCUCGCCGUGGAGUGCAGCUUGUCCA